UCCCUUUCUUCAUAUAAAACCUCACUCCACCAUCACAUCUCUCUCACACCCAAUUUUCUAACACAAAACGCACAACACGCGAACACGCUCUUCCGUUGAGAAUCCAACGCUGUUGUUCUAACGCGACACCGAAGUAUGGGCAUGCUUAGCGAAGAACCGAAGUCGAAACCGGUUACGAUCCGCGAAGUAUGGGCCUCCAAUCUAGAAUCUGAAUUUCAACUCAUCCGUGAAGUCAUAGAUCGUUACCCUUUCAUCUCAAUGGACACCGAAUUCCCAGGCGUCGUUUUCCGCCCACACGUGGACCCUACCAAACCCUACAAUCACCGUCACCGUCGUCCCUCCGAUCACUACCACCUCCUCAAGUCCAACGUCGACGCGCUCAACCUCAUCCAAGUUGGCCUCACUCUCUCCGACGCCGCCGGUAACCUUCCCGAUCUCGGAACCGCCGGCAACAUUUUCAUCUGGGAAUUCAACUUCCGCGACUUCGAUGUCGCGCGUGACGCCUACGCGCCGGAUUCCAUCGCUCUCCUCCGCCGCCAGGGGAUCGACUUCGCGCGUAACUCCACGGACGGAAUCGACUCGGCGCGGUUCGCCGAGUUGAUGAUGUCGUCGGGACUCGUUUGUAAUGAAUCAGUGAGUUGGGUGACGUUCCACAGUGCGUACGAUUUCGGGUACUUGGUGAAGAUCCUGACCCGACGGAGCUUACCGACCCUGUUGGAGGAGUUUUUAAGGGUUGUGAGGGUGUUUUUUGGAAACAACGUUUAUGAUGUGAAGCACAUGAUGCGGUUCUGUGAGACACUCUAUGGUGGGCUGGACCGGGUUGCACGGACCCUCAACGUGGACCGAGCCGUUGGUAAGUGCCACCAGGCCGGGUCAGAUAGCUUGCUGACGUGGCACGCGUUUCAGAAGAUUGUUGACAUUUAUUUUGUAAAGGAUGAGCAUAAAAAACAUGCCGGUGUGUUGUAUGGAUUAGAGGUUUUUUGUUAAUUAAAAAAAUAAUAAAGCAUAAAAUAAGAAUUUAAUUGAUUAUUUAUUUUAUUUUUUGUAUACUAAUGUGACCCCAAGAUUUGGUAAGAGAUUGCACUUAUCAACAACAAAGUUGUUCCUACAUCAGAUUUCACCUUUCGU